AUGGGCUGCCCCGUGCUGCUGGCCUUGGCCGCGCUCCUGGCGCCCGCCGCCGCCGCCUCGGCGGUCACGGCUCAAGAGGAGCAGCUGUUCAAGGCCUGGAUGCUGCAGAACGGGAGGCGCUACGGACCGGCCGAGUACGGGCACCGGCUGCGGGUCUUCGUGGGCAACAAGCGGCGCAUCGACGAGCACAACGCCGGCAACCACAGCUUUGAAAUGGGCCUCAACCAGUUCUCCGAUCUGACCUUCACGGAGUUCAAAAAGAUGUACCUGUGGAGAGAGCCCCAGAACUGCUCGGCCACGAAGGGGAACUUCCUGCGCAGCUCGGGGCCAUAUCCUGACUCUGUUGACUGGAGGAAGAAAGGGAACUACGUGACGCCCGUGAAAAACCAGGGUCCUUGCGGGAGCUGCUGGACCUUUUCUACCACGGGGUGCCUGGAGUCGGCGAUCGCGAUUGCGACGGGAAAGCUGCUCUCCCUGGCAGAGCAGCAGUUAGUUGAUUGCGCUCAGGCUUUUAACAACCAUGGCUGCAGUGGGGGCCUGCCAAGCCAAGCUUUCGAAUACAUAAUGUAUAACAAAGGGCUGAUGGCGGAGGAUGCCUACCCGUACCGGGCUAAGAACGGCACGUGCAAGUUCCAGCCAGACAAGGCUAUUGCGUUCGUCAAAGAUGUUAUCAAUAUCACGCAGUAUGAUGAGGCUGGCAUGGUGGAAGCCGUGGGGAAGUACAACCCAGUGAGCUUUGCAUUCGAGGUAACGAGUAACUUCAUGCACUACAGAAAAGGAGUCUAUUCAAACCCACGAUGUGAGCACACUCCUGACAAGGUGAACCAUGCUGUCCUAGCUGUUGGGUAUGGAGAGGAAAAUGGGACUCCUUACUGGAUUGUUAAGAACUCCUGGGGCCCUCUGUGGGGUAUGGAUGGGUAUUUCCUAAUUGAACGCGGCAAGAAUAUGUGUGGUCUUGCUGCUUGUGCAUCUUACCCUAUUCCCCAGGUGUAAGAGGAGAGCACAGGCCGGGGAAAGGGGAUACAGAAAAAGGAAUAAUUGAUCACGUGUUAAUUUCUAAAUGCUAAAAUCCAGAACGCAAGAAGAAG